AUGGGUUUGUUAUCAUUGGGUGAACCACUCAAUCAUUUGGAGACCAAGAAAUAUGCAGAACAUGUGCGACGACACGGAAUCAAACAGUUUAUUAAUAUCUAUAAUAAAAACAAGAAUCGUAUCGACCGGUGCUUCAAAUGGGGCGAUGAGAUCGAGUAUAUGGUCGUCAAGUUUGACCAUAAAUACAAAAAGUCAAGACUAGUGUUAAGAACUGAUCAAUUGUUGGCUGCAAUGUCUGAAAGAGAGAAACGGGAAGGCAGUGGUCGACAGGUUUUAUGGACACCUGAAUACGGAUCGUAUAUGAUUGAGGCCACACCUGGACAACCGUACGGCCAACUAAAUACCGAAAACAAUGAUAACAAUACUAAUGCAAGUGAUACGACCAAUAGGAUGUCCCAUUUGUUUAACAAUGUUGAGGAAAAUAUGAAACUUAGGCGCCGGGAGAUGCGACAGUUGCUCAAUGAGGACGAAAAAUUGAUGUGCAUUACAAGUUAUCCCCGAUUGGGUUAUCCGGAUUCUUCCUAUCCAUACUAUCCACCCGAUCCACUGAAUAGUACAACUAGAAGUAUAUUUGUAUCGGAUAUGUUAACUAAUCAGAUGCACCCGCGAUAUAUAACAACCGGUAGAAACAUACGGGAACGUCGCGGUAGUAAAGUUAUCAGUAAUGUCCCGAUAUUUAAGGACAAGUAUACUCCCGAUCCGUUUAUCGAAAUGUUUGACGACCCGGAGUCGAAUAGGGCUGCAAAAGUUGAUCAUAUUUUUAUGGAUGCCUCGCUGUUUGGAUCGGGAUGUUGUUGUUUGCAGGUAACACUUCAAGCAACUAAUAUGGACGAAGCCAUGUUAUUAUACGAUCAAUUGGCACCCAUGACACCCGUAAUGCUGGCAUUGAGCGCAUCGGCGCCUAUAUUUCGGGGCUAUCUUAUCGAUAGAGACUGUCGUUACGAUAUAAUAUGCGACGUCAAAGACGAUCGUACGGCUGAAGAAUCGGGCGAAAGACCAUUGAAGACGACAAAUGAGUACAGAAUAUAUAAAUCUCGUUAUUCUACUAUUAAUACAUAUCUGAGCGAUGAAAAUGGCAAAUAUAAUGACAACCGAAUAGUUUAUAACCAAAAAUAUUACAAUGAAAUGAUUGAAUCGGGCGUUUGUCCACUACUAGCCCAACACAUUGCUUAUGUAUUUCUAAGAGAUCCGACAAUAGUCUAUAGAGAACUAUUGAAUCAAAACUUAGAUACAGAUACCGAUCAUUUUGAAAAUAUUCAGUCAACUAAUUGGCAAUCAUUGCGAUUCAAACCGCCGCCACUAUCCCAGCCAUCGAUCGGCUGGAGAGUAGAGUUUCGGCCGAUGGAAAUACAAAUGACUGACUUUGAAAAUGCCGCUUACAGUGUGUUUGUUAUAUUGAUGACCAGGGUCAUAUUGCACUAUCAUCUCAAUCUGGUCAUACCUAUAUCUAAGAUUGACGAAAAUAUGACAAUUGCACAGAAAAGAGAUUCAAUUAAUAGAUGCAAAUUGUGGUUCAGAAAAGAUAUUUUCAGUAAAACUGAUAUCAAAAAUACUAAUAAUAAUAAUAAUAACGAAGAGUAUAUUCAAAUGUCUUUAAAUGAGAUAAUCAAUGGUUACGCAAAUGUUUUUCCCGGUUUAGUGCCGUUAAUGCGUGAAUAUAUCGAUAGUAUAGACUUGGAUGUCCAAACCUAUCAAAAAAUUCAACAAUAUAUUCAAUUGAUUAGCGACAGAGCUAGUGGUCGACUCAAGACAACUGCCCAAUGGAUCCGAGAUUUUGUCCGCAAACACAAUGACUACAAACAGGAUUCAGUGAUUACCGAAACAAUUACUUACGACUUAUUGAUGGCUAUGAAUGACAUUCAAAACAAUGAUUUAUCGACUGAAGAAGUUAUUAAAACUUAUAUUUUUUAA